UCCGCUCCGCGUUUUACCGCAGAUCCAGAACUCAAACCAGGAACAGCAGCAGAAGUUCAGUAACAGAUAUUAUUUACAAUAUAUAACGUUAUAACUCCAGAGACAAAGCUUAUGUUUUACCAUGAGUUGACUUUGACGUGACUUUACAACGCUGCUCUGAGACACGGUAAAGCAUCACUUCAGAGAUGAUCCAGUUGAGACUGGUGACACUGGCCGCACUGCUCUGCUCUCUUCUCAGUGCUGAUGGAGGGAAAGUCCUUGUUUUUCCUGUGGAUGGAAGCCACUGGAUCAACAUGAAGGUCCUCAUCCAAGAGCUCCACUCCAGAGGUCACAACAUCACAGUGAUCCGGCCUGAAAAAAGCUGGUACAUCAAAGCAGAGUCCCAUCACUACCAGUCAAUCACCCUCGAUGUUGUUCCUGGAUUUGAUGUGAACAACAUGAAUUAUUUUACAACAAGACUGCUGCAGCUCCGGCGUGAGCUCCACACUUCACCUUCAGCUUUAAUCAAAGCUUGGGAGGAGUUUAUGAAGAUGAUGCAUCAUGUUCACAAAGCUGUGGUUGAUAAAAUGCAGAAGAUUUUUGAGGAUGCUAAACUGAUGCAGUUCUUCCAAGAGGCCGAGUACGAUGUUGUUCUGACUGACCCCUGCUUCGGCGGAGGGGUUCUUCUGGCUCAUCGGUUGGGUCUGCCUCUGGUCUUCAAUGUACGAUGGGCAAUCAUGGAAGACGGACAUCACACAGUUGCCCCCUCACCGCUCUCAUACGUUCCCAUACCAGGCACUGAGCUGACUGAUCGGAUGAGUUUUUGGCAAAGGGUGAAAAAUGUUAUCUUCUCAUUAAUGGUACUUAAUGUCCGGGUGAUAAUAAAAGACUCUCACUACACACCAUUUGUCCACCGUCACUUCGGUCCUGACGUCCACUGUGAUGAGCUUGUUCAGGCAGCAGAUGUUUGGCUGAUGAGAACUGACUUUACCUUUGAGUUCCCUCGUCCCACCAUGCCCAAUGUUGUCUACAUGGGCGGGUUUCAGUGUAAGUCCCCCAAAGCGCUUCCUCAAGAUCUGGAGGACUUUGUCCAGAGCUCUGCAGAGCACGGUGUCAUUAUUAUGAGCUUGGGGACCUUGGUGGGGAAUUUCCCUGAGGAUAUAACAGAACAUGUGGCUGCCGCUUUUGCACAGUUGCCUCAGAAGGUCAUCUGGAGGCAUACCGGGAAGAGACCGUCCACCCUGGGAAACAACACCCUGCUGCUGGACUGGUUGCCUCAAAAUGACCUCUUAGGACACCCAAAGACCAGAGUGUUUGUGACCCACGGAGGCACCAACGGACUUCACGAGGCCAUCUACCACGGAGUUCCCAUCGUUGGCCUUCCUCUGAUGUUUGACCAGGAUGAUAACCUGUUCAAGAUGAGAGUGAGGGGCGUUGCCAAAGUGCUGGACAUCGGCACAUUAAACAAAGACAACUUCCUGGAGGCGGUGAAGGAGGUGCUUCACCAGCCGUCCUACAGGGAGAACAUGCAGGAGCUCUCCAGGCUGCACAGAGACCAGCCCAUGAAGCCUCUGGACCGAGCCGUGUUCUGGAUCGAGUUUGUCAUGAGACACAAGGGAGCAGCUCACUUAAAGACCGACUCCUACAAGAUGUCUUGGAUUCAGUACCACUCCAUCGAUGUAAUCACACUGUUGCUGGUGUCAGUCACGCUGAUGUCACUGAUUUGCAUUUUAACAGUGAAAUGUUUGUGGCGUAAAGUGUUUGGUGGGAAGAAAAAAACCUCAAAAUAAUAUAGAUACUAUCCUCUCAGUUGAGUGGAGUUUUUCUGCAACACAGGGAGAAAGAUGAUGAUGUAUUAAACUCAGUACUAAUCUGUAUCUUGGUAUCUUGAGUUUUAAUGAUGAUGGUACAACAGCACAGAGGAUGUGAGCCUCUUCAGAGCAGAAAAGACUUGUGUCAGAGAUAUAAUCCAGUCUGAAGAUUUGUUUUUAUUUAAAUUGAAAUUGAUGCUUUAUUGAACAAACCAUGUAGAUGGCAGUUUAUCAAUCCAUGUUUUCAAGAUUUUGUUACAGAGUUGAUACUAUUGAUUAAACAAUAAUGUGCAUGGAGAAAAGUGACAAAGUGGAAAUAAAAUAUCUAGUGUUCAAAAUGAGCAGAAUGUGUUGUUGUGGGAAAUCUUCAGAUGGGCCAAUAAAUCUUCAGGUCACCCACAACUUAGUAUUAAACUUAAAACUUAUAAGAGAAAGACUCAAAGAAAUACACCACAGUGUAUUUUGUGUCCAUCUUGUGGCGUUCACAGGAAGAACAAUAUAUCCAUGUUAUUACAUUCUGUACUCACGGUAUAGUGCUGACUGACUAAACCUGCUUAAAGAAUCAAAUCUUUAGUGAAAAUCUUAAUUCUGCUGAAGAGUAGAAUAAUUUUAGAGUCCAAUCACUUCAGCUCUUCCUACACAAACCCUCAGUGCUUCCUCUCUCCAAUGAGUCAGUCUAUAACAUACUGUUAUAAUACUUCACAACAGCAGCAAUAUUUUUUGUUUGUUUGUUUACAAAAUAAAAACUGUAAUAUUUAA